GACGGCUGAGACGAACAUAGCCAGACUUGACUAGACAGCGCCGCGGUAUUGGAUUUUGAAAAGUGAUAAUUACCUGAGGGAAACAUUCUCUUAACAACAGACUGAUGGCGAGCCACCCCAUUGAAUCAGCAUUGCCCCUGACACAACCACUGGCCUGCCCAGCGCAACAUCAGGACGCCCCCACCACUACAAACAGCCUGUGCACCAAGCCCAGCAGCGAUACAAACACAAUGAGCGCUCCGGCGCCCUGGACGUGCUGGGACGACUUGGGCAAGCCCACCUUGCGUGGCAUCCGCAAGUGCCCGCACUGCGGCAUCUACAAUGGCACGCGCAGCCUCAGCUGCAAGAACAAGGCCUGUGGCGCCAUCUUCCGCGGGCCCGUGUCCACGGCCGCGUCCCGGAGGCCCGCGAAGAAGGUGGCCGGCGUCGGGUCCCCGGAGGUGGUGAGGCUGGUGACGAGGGGUGGUGGAGAAGGAGGAGAUGGGGAAGGAAAUGCGUAUGUGGAUGUUGGCGUGUUGGACGGAGGGGCUUCCUCUUCUUCAUCGUUGUCGUCUCUGCCGCCGCCAUCUUCUCCACCGCCCUCCACUUCGUCCCCUGCAGGUGGCCGCCAGGUGUUCUCGCUGCGUCACCGGUGCCGCGGCCCGGAGCAGAGGGGCUUUGUGCAGCUCACGCUCACCGACACGGCCAUCGCCACCACGGAGGGCACCUUGCUCACGCGCCUCAGCCUGGGGCACUGCUUCCUGCCAGCCUGCCGCCGUCAACAAAGACAACAACAACAACAACAGCAGCAGCAGCAGCAGAAAGAUAAUCAGCCAGGAGCCACCGCCUCGUCUUCCUCAACACCACCACCACCAUCAUCUUCCUCCGCACCCUCCUCUUCGCCACCGCAGGCGCCAGACAUGCCGUGCUGCGACCACGUGCGCCAGGCCAUGGAGUGUCCGGCGGAGCAGGUGGCCAAGCCGCUGCCGCUCAAGAGCUCGGUGCUGGACGCGCUGCCCGUGACUGCCCACGCCCGGCAGGAGCUGUGGAGGCUGGCCACGGACCCCGCUGCCAACGAGGGUGGGCCCCUGGUGCAGAGGGUGUCCCGCACCUCCCUGGUGGUGAGGUGCGACCGGAGCGAGGCACAACCGCUGGGGCUGCUGCACUGCACCGUCUGCAAGGGAGGAGGUGGAGGUGGAGGAGGAGGAGGAGGGGGCGCGACGAGGGGGGUGGUGAAAAGUGACAGGGCAAGUGGUGGUGGUGGCGGCACACAGCCGAAAGGUGACGGAGCAGGUGCAAGCGGUGCGCCCGCGUGGCCAAUUUUCCGUUGCACGUGCCAGCAGGGUGCCGGGGUGGGGACUGGUAACAGAGCUGGAGGAGGGGGCUCACUGGCCACUCUGGGCAGCCAGGUCUCUCCAGAGGCCUUCUCGCUCUCCGUCGGGGCCGGGUCGCGAUGCCUCCACUUCUACGCCUGCGUCUGGGCCUUCGCCAGCGACGACAAGCUCUCCGCCGAGUUUGCUCACUUCCCAAUACACUUAUUCAAUCACACGUCAACAACAAAUGGGCUGCAGAUGAUCCUUGGCUCGUCAGCACCAGUGGGUGCCUCUGAAGGGAAGGCUGCCCCAGAGCCCAUUCUGAGCAUAUUCCUCACCAGACCUGUCAAUGAAGCGCCAAGCAAGGCAAAGAGGCUGAAAGCAGAGGAGCCAAUCGCAGCAGGGGGCAGCCAGCCUGUGGAUGAGGCCCAUGCUACCUUGCCCUUCCAGCAGUGGCUGGCCAGCGUCAACGAGAAGAUCCACCAGUCCAUGCACUACCAGUUUGACGGUAAGCCGGAGCCCCUGGUCUUCCACAUCCCCCAGUCCUUCUUCAAUGCCCUGCAGCAGAGACUCUCCCUAGGCAGCAAGAAGAGGAGGCUCCCCAACUUCACCACCACGUUUGUCCGUCAGGAUGCUCCACCUUUGGGCACCUUCUCCAAGUACACCUGGCACAUCACCAACCUCAUGCACGUCAAGCAGAUCUUCCACACACCUGAGUUUCCCCUGAAGUUGUCCCAGAGCUUUGUGAGGAACAGUGACGGCUCCUACUCCCCCUUCUCCUGCCCGGAGGUGCCCGUGGAGCCCCUGGCAGAGGCCCUGGGCCGCACCACGCACGCCAUCCGGCCCCUCGAGCUGCACACCUUCCUCAAAGUGGGUAUCUCCUCUCCGGAGCAGAAGGAGCCCACCCCGUUCAUCAUCGAGUGGAUCCCGGACAUCCUGCCCCGCUGCAGGGUAGGGGAGCUGAGACUUCGCUUCGAGUACGGACACCAGCCCAGCAGCCAGCCAGCCGACCCCUGAGUUACAGCAUCAAAUGUACUGCUUACGCACACAAAUACAGUGGAAAACUGUGCCCAUCCCUGGUGAAAGUGCAGGACAAUGGCUAAUACAGUUGAUGGAGAGGUGCACACACUUGGGCAAAAAUGAGUUCUACCAUGGAAUGAAUGUCACACAAUGACAGAAAUACAGAGGUGUCAAAAGUAGUAGAAGUAGAGAUAAAAGCAACUUCCAACACAGGUGACUUCACUGAGUGACUGACCUACUGUUACUGUUCACCGGUGUGCCUGUUUACGGUUGGUUGUGGCAGGAUUUUUACUUUUUUAUUUUAAUCGCUACAAUGUACCUGCGUCUUUAGGUACAGUGGAUUAACUGGUGUAACAACUGUGUAAUAUCAUGUACUGACUUUGUACGUACAUCAUGAACUUACUUGUUAUACUUCUGACAACAUUGCAGAAGCGCCCACAGUGCUGAAGAUACAAAAGUGAUACAGCAGUCAAGAAAGUUUUCCCACUGUAAUUGUGAGGUGAAACCACCAGGUGGCAGUGUUACACAUGAGGAAUCUGUCUUGCCCACAGCUAUUGCAUAUUUUUAAUUUAUUUUUAUUUUUUUAUUUAAAACCUGGGGAAAAUUUAUGAUUUUGCUUUCAACAGAUCUGAAUUGGAAAUGAAUAUAUAGUCCCUAAUUUAUGUAGAUAAAAUAUUUCACAGUUGCCUUCAGCGUCUGAUAGCUGUGUGUGUGCAUGUGUGUGCGUGUGCGUGUAAUACCUGUAUGGUUGUGAUUGUGCAUGUGUGCCUCGUCACUUUGUUUGGUUUUAACUGUGUCAUUCAUUGAGUGUUUGUGCAGUGGUGAUGUGGACAUGCUGGUUCAUGUGAACACAUUUACAGUUACUGACUCGAUAUACAGUAUAUAAAGAUCCAAUACUCCA